AAUAAUAAAUAUAAAAGAGAAACUCCUGCGAGAAAUCUUCCACCUUAUCUCACCUUCCUCGAGCUCGAGGCUCUCCGUGCAACCUCAUAUCAAAGAUCCUAUCUUUGUAAUCCUAACUGCAACCGAGGAGACGGGGAGAAUUUGUUGGAGAGGAAGAGAAUCGAAAGUAAUGAAAAAUCAAUAAGACAAGUAGACAACGCCAAUCUUUUAUCAUUCCCAGCACUCCGCUCUUUGCUGUGUAACCUCUGCUUCGGCAUCUGCGUGUUUUAGUAGGAAACAAAAGCUUACGUCCAUGGAUUCACAGCCGUCUGUUCCGCUUUACGCAACACAGUCGACCCCAUCACCAGCGGAGGAGUCCCAACCGCAACAACCACCAUCCGGGUCACCAGGUAUCGGAGCUCCUCCUCCUGAUUUUGAUAUCGAAACCUCUAUAGAAAACGUUGGUGAUAAGCAACGCAAUAGGAGUAGCUUCAGCAGUCGCAGCAGCGACUAUAGUUAUAAGUCCGAGGGCUUCAUGAGCGGUGAGGACGAGUUCGAAACCGCUUCCGAGAGGCACCUUGUUGCAGAACCAGAAGAAGGUCUGGAAACAGCUACGGAGGGGGAACACUCUAGCGUUCCUUUCGUUCAACCUGUUUUGGGUUCUUCGAUUUUCCCUCUUCCGAAGACUGCGGUUCCAAUUAAGCAGCAACCGAGGGACGAUGGUGAUGUUACUGCCGAGGAUGAGGAGCUUGUGAGUGAAGUGGAGGAUCAAAGGAUUUUGGGCCUUGUUGGUUUUCCUUCCGUCGCUGGAUUGGAGGAGUCUGGUGGCGUGGAUGAGCUUUCCUUGGGCAGGGAUUUUGCUUCUGUUGAAGUAUUGAAUUCGGGUUCUCUUCGAUCGGGACUGAAUGGGUACGGGGUUCCUGAGCCACUUGUGGUUGCUGGCAAGGAUUCUGAGACUGUUGAGGAAGACGGGAGCAAUGAAGAAGAGACCUUGUCUGAAGGUGUGUAUUUGGACGAGGAUAUAAAGCCUGCAGUUCAAGAAAGCUAUGCACCGGGAAUGCAGGAAGUAGAUGGGACUGAAUCGGAGGAUAAGGUUUUGGAAGAGAAUUAUACCGUCAAAGUGAAUUCUUCAGUACCUGUUGUUGAAGAAUUGGUAAGUUCAAAUUUCGUUGAGGCGGAUAAUAUGAGUUCUGUGACCGGAGGGGAUUCAGUUGAUGAAACCAGACAGGCCAUUUUAUUGGGUUUGGGAUCUGGUGUUGGAGAUAAGGUCCAUAAGCAAGAAAAUGGAGUUUCUGAAACUCAAGGAGUGGAGCAAUCGGGAGAGACAAGUUUGAUCUUGGGUACUUGGUCUGAUCAACCAAACCCUGCUGUUGAACAUCCUGUUGUUUCCAAGUUGAUGGAAGCAGAUACUGAUGUUACAAAGAUAGAGGAUUAUGGUGCUCUUGAACAUGAAACUGCAAUAAACCCUGUGCAUGAGGCCAUAGAACUGGGGCCACUUGGACCAAAAACUGAUAUGGUAGAAGUGGUGGAAAUUGAUGGUUUGGACACUGGAUCUGGCUUUGUUGAUUUUGUAAUGAAUGUUUCUGCAAAUGACCAAAACCAAAAGGGCAAAAAGGAUGGUGUUGUUGAUCCAAGUGUUUCUAUAAAUGAAGUUGGUAAGGUUGGAAAACCUGAACUUGAAACUGAGCAACAGACCACACUGUUAUCUGUCAAUGAAGUUGAUUCAGAAUCAGGUGGAAAUAAGAUUCAGAGUGUGGACUCUAACGUUAGUUCCAUGGAACCUGUUGUCAAGGAGAAGUAUUUGGAGAAUGGUGAUGCAUCAGUCGCUGGAUCUGCCCAGAGUGAUCAAUUGGAAGACAGGGCCUCUAGAAAAUCUGAAACACCUCAAUCCAUGGUACCAGUUUCCAUCUUAGACUCAGAAGUGAAGCUGGAAACUGAAGCUAUACUAAACCCUGGUCCAGAAGAAGAAGAUUAUGAUGACAAUGAUGAUGGUAGUGACAAUGAAGGUCCAGUUUCGGAUGAAGAUGCUGAAGGUAUGAUCUUUGGAAUCUCUGAAGCUGCCAAACAGAUGAUGAAGGAGUUGGAGCAAGGAUCAGGCACUAGUUCUCACUCGGGUGCUCAAAGUUAUCUUGAUCAUCCUCAGAGAAUUGAGGGACAGAUUGCUACAGACUCAGAUGAUGAAGUGGACACUGAUGAUGAGGGAGAUGGGAAAGAGUUAUUUGAUUCUGCUGCAUUGACUGCUCUCCUAAAAGCAGCAUCUAAUGCAGGAUCAGACACUGGCAGUGUUACAAUUACCUCUCCAGAUGGUUCCAGGCUUUUCUCUAUUGAGCGACCUGCUGGUUUGGGAUCCUCUAUGCAGACUGUGAAGCCUGCACCCCGACCAAAUCGUCCCAACUUUUUUAUUCCUCCAGUUCUCACAGCUGGGGGGGAAUCAGAAGACAAUUUGAGUGAAGAACAAAAGAAUAAGCUGGAGAAGAUACAAUUCACAAGAGUGAAAUUCUUGAGGCUUGUCCAGAGACUGGGCCAUUCUCCUGAAGACUCUAUUGUGGCACAGGUUUUAUACAGGAUGGUUAUAGCUGCAGGGAGGCAAACCAGUCAAGUGUUUAACCUGGAAAUUGCCAAGAGGACAGCAAUGCAGCUGGAGGCAGAGGGUAAAGAUGAUCUCAACUUCUCUUUGAACAUCCUUGUACUAGGGAAAACUGGAGUGGGCAAGAGUGCAACCAUUAAUUCCAUUUUUGGUGAACAGAAGUCAGUUGUUGAUGCAUUUGAAUAUACUACAACUUCUGUGAAAGAGAUCGUUGGAUCAGUAGAUGGAGUUAAGAUCCGGGUCUUUGACACACCGGGUCUCAGAUCUUCUGUGAUGGAACAAUCCUUUAACCGGAAAGUCUUAUCAUCUAUAAAGAAGUUCAUUAAGAAAAGCCCACCGGAUAUUGUCCUCUAUAUAGACCGGCUAGAUGCCCAGACCAGAGAUCUUAACGAUCUGCCAUUGUUAAGGUCAAUCACCAGUGUUCUUGGUUCAUCACUAUGGCAGAGUGCUAUUGUCACUCUCACCCAUGCUGCUACAGCACCUCCAGAUGGACCAUCUGGGUCCCCCUUAAGCUAUGAGGUUUUUGUUGCUCAACGUUCCCAUGUUGUACAGCAGUGCAUUGGACAAGCAGUAGGUGAUUUGCGCCUGAUGAAUCCAAGUUUGAUGAACCCUGUGUCUCUCGUUGAAAACCAUCCUUCAUGCAGGAAGAACAGAGAAGGCCAAAAAAUUCUCCCUAACGGCCAAAAUUGGAGAUCCCAGUUAUUGCUUUUGUGCUACUCAAUGAAGAUCUUAUCUGAAGUUAGUUCCUUGUCAAAACCUCAAGACCCAUUUGACCACAGGAAGCUAUUUGGACUCCGUGUUCGCUCACCACCUCUACCAUACCUGUUGUCUUCACUGCUGCAGUCCCGUUCCCACCCAAAACUAUCUGCCGAUCAGGGUGAUGAGAAUGGUGACUCUGAUGUUGACCUGGACUUCUCUGAUUCUGAUCAAGAAGAAGAGGAUGAAUAUGACCAGCUCCCACCGUUUAAACCCCUGAAGAAAGCUCAGGUUGCUGAGCUCAGCAAGGAGCAGAGGAAGGCAUAUUUUGAUGAGUAUGAUUAUCGGAUGAAGCUCCUUCAGAAGAAACAGUGGAGAGAGGAAGUAAGAAGAUUGAGGGAAAUAAAGAAGAAAGGAAAAGCUGAUGGGAUUGACUAUGGUUAUAUGGGGGAAGAUGUGGAUCAGGAAGAAAAUGGAAGUCCUGCGGCUGUGCCAGUUCCGUUACCUGACAUGGUCCUGCCACCUUCCUUUGAUGGAGAUAAUCCAGCUUACAGGUACCGAUUCUUGGAGCCGACAUCACAGCUCCUGGCAAGGCCAGUCCUUGACACACAUGGGUGGGAUCAUGAUUGUGGGUAUGAUGGUGUCAGCCUUGAACAUAAUCUUGCAAUUGCAGGUCAGUUUCCAGCAGGAGUUGCUGUUCAAAUUACCGAAGAUAAGAAGGAGUUCAACAUCCAUUUGAAUUCCUCAGUUUCAGCCAAGCACGGAGACAAUGGAUCAACCCUAGCAGGCUUUGACAUUCAGAACAUUGGAAGGCAGCUUGGAUACAUCCUCAUAGGUGAAACAAAAUUCAAGAAUGUGAAAAAGAACAAGACAGCUGCUGGAUUAUCCAUUACUUUCUUAGGAGAGAAUGUAGCCACUGGACUCAAAAUUGAGGAUCAGAUUGCAAUUGGAAAACGCUUAGUUUUGGUGGGGAGCACUGGUGCAGUUCAAUCUCAGGGUGAUAUAGCAUACGGGGCCAACUUGGAGGCCAGACUGAAGGAGAAGGAUUAUCCAAUUGGUCAAGACCAAUCCACUUUGAGCCUGUCUCUGAUGAGAUGGAGAGGUGACCUGGCUCUGGGCGCUAAUCUGCAGUCUCAGUUCUCCCUUGGUCGGAAUUCGAAGAUGGCUGUUCGUAUGGGAUUGAACAACAAGCUCAGUGGACAAAUCACAGUUAGGACAAGCUGUACGGAGCAGCUUCAGAUUGCACUUGUGGGUAUUCUUCCAAUUGCCAGUGCUAUCUUCAGGACCAUCUGGCCUACUGGUGAGACCUACUCAGUGUACUAGAUUGUGUUUCCCUUAGCCAUUUAAGGUCACUAUAGGAUUUAAGCUAAAAGUUGAGCAUGGUUUUGUCACUAUCUUAUCUCCUGAGUAAUAUUUUAUUCUAGUUGAUGUAGAACUCCUGCUAUUUGAAUUCAUGUUCUUAGGAUGAGGUGGAACCAAGAGGGCAUUUAAUAAUGUUUGAUUGUUAAUGAAUUUUUUAAUCUAUUUUAUCUAGUAAUUGAUUUUAAGCUCUCAUUCUGAUUUAAA